ACAGACGCGUCCUGUGAGGGACGAUGUCCGGCUCCGUGCCGUCCGCGGCGAUCGCGUCGCCGAAGCACCCGGUCGCGAGCUUCUUCCACGUCGCGUUCAAAGCCUGCGCGCUGCUCGUGUACCUGACGUGCGAGUGGUUCGAGUCCGACUUCGUGCUCAACUUCGUGACGGUGAUCCUUCUGCUCGCCGCGGACUUUUGGACGACGUCGAACGUCAGCGGGCGGCUGCUCGUCGGGCUGCGGUACUGGAACGAGAUCGACGAGAGCGGCGUCUCGCGUUGGCGGUUCGAAUCGCGCGACGCGGAGGGCAUGAAAGCGGUGCGCGCGUCCGAGAAGACGCUGUUCUGGUACUCGCUGUACGCGGUCCCCGCCGCGUGGCUCGCGCUCGCGAUCGUCGCGCUCGCGCGUUUGCAUCUCGGCUACCUGCUCGUCUGCGCCGUCGCGCUCGCGCUGGGGGGGGCGAACCUCGUUGGGUACACGAAGUGCGACAAGGACGCGCAGGCGAACGUGAGUAACUUCGCGCGGACCGCGGUGUGGAACAGCGUCAUGCCGAGCUUCAUGCAGAAGACGUGAUGGGGCGCGGGGAACGGGGGGGGGGAGCGGGGCGAUUUAGAAGAUCUCGAACACGUAAAAUAGCUGGCUGG